AUGAUAGCCAACCAAGAAACCAAAAGUCUCCCAUCUCAGAUUAUAUUGCUAGCAAACAUAAUCGACGGACUACCUCAUGAUGCCUCAUUGAAAUCAUUAGUAAAAAACAAAUGGAGGCAGUCAUCAUAUUCCCCCUUACGUAGUUCUACACCAGUAUCUUGUAAUGAAAAGGAGUUCACACAAUUCGAUUGUUUUACAGUUCCACAUUACUAUGAAACUGUAAACACCCCUGAAUAUGGUGUUUCUCUUGAUUUUCCAGCUGAUUUAACCCCUAAUGAGCCAUUCCUGACUGAGGAAAAUUAUCUGAUUCCAAACUAUAGCGAAAAGGAUACAACAAAAACCACAUUUGCAAAGAGUGACCGUAACAAGCAAUGCGCUAAUGAACUUUUAAACGGCACUUUAGGAAAUGCUACUGAUAGUAAAACUUCCAGCACACCGAGCCAAAAGGAUACUGAAAGCACUGAAAAGGGCCAAGAAAAGGAAUUUGUCUCGAUAAAGGACUUGAAUAUUGAUCUGAUAGGAAGUGUGUUUCCAAAAGGAAGUAUUAUUUUUAUCAACAACUUAUCAAGGGAAAAGGCAAAAUUUGCAAACUUUGAACAAAGAAAUGUUACUUGCAGUACUGAUGUUUCAAAGAGCAAAAAUCUCACUGUUCCAGAAUCAAACUAUUGUUCUAAACAAGAACAUGAUGCCAUUUUAUUUAAUCUAGAGUCGCUUCAAAUAAAAUACAAUGCUCUAUUCUGUUUUGUUAACAGAUUUGAAGAGCAUACAAAGUUUAGUUGUGACCAGUUGGAAAGAUUUAUCGGUAAACUUCAUUUGUUAAAUACGAUUUAUCUGCAGAAACUAAAAAAUAUUGUAUUCUCAUGA